AUGUCUGCAACCCAGCUGCCGAACGGGUACAAGUCUUUCGGCCCGAAGGCCAACUGCACCCUCGAGGUGUGCCCGCUGGAGGCCAGUCUCCUGCGCUACCAGCCCUCGAUCCCGGUCAAUGGAACCUUCAUCGGCCUCUUCGCUUUGGCCAUGAUCAUCCACACCUUUCAGGGGCUGCGGUCGAGGAACUGGGGGUUCAUGGCCAGCAUGAUAGGCGGCUGCCUGUUGGAAAUCAUUGGAUAUGUCGGCAGACUUAUCUUGCACGACAACCCGUUUUCGUUUGGAGGCUUCCUGCUACAAAUCAUCUGCAUUGCCGUCGCCCCGGUCUUCUUCUGCGCGGCUAUUUACGUCACGCUGUCCAAGGUGAUCAUCAAUGUCGACCGCUCCAUCUCCCGGUUCCACCCAAGCCUGUUCUACUACAUCUUCAUCCCAUGCGACAUCGUCUCCCUCGUCCUUCAGGCGACGGGCGGGGCGCUAUCUACCGUCGGGAACAACAAGGCACAAGUGCAGAAAGGCGUCAACGUCUCGUUGGCCGGUCUCAUCUUCCAGGUUGUGUGUCUGGUGGCCUUCUGUGCCCUGUUUGCAGACUACUUGAUCACUUGCGCGCGGAAACCCGAAGCCCGGCAGCGGAUGACGAAACGCAUGCAGACGUUCGUUGCGUUUCUGUUCCUCUCCUCGCUCCUGAUUCUCGUUCGCUGCUCGUACCGCAUCGAGGAGUUGAAAGAGGGCUACUUCAGCGAGAUGUUCCGCAACGAACCGCUGUUUAUCGGUCUCGAGUCCUCGUAUGUUGCCGCCCGUGAGCUUGGGUAG